AUGGGGAAAAUCAAAAAAUCCACUAAAAAAUUUCAGAAACAACAUUUAAAAGAAACCAUUGAAAAAAGACGUAAGGAUCGGGAAGAAUUAAUCGAAAAUGACCUUGAGGUAGAAGAAGAAGAAGAUAGUGAUGAAAUGGAAGACCUGGAUUUCGAUCAAAUAAAAACAAAUCGAAGUAGUUUAAAGUCUAAUGAAGCAUCAAAACAUAAAGAACAACUAGAUAUGCAAGUAGACAAUUCCGAUAAUGACUUGAAAGAAACUGAACUUGGUAAUGCUGAUGAUAGCAUACCGACUUUGACUACUGCAACACUUGAGAAAUUGCAAGAGGCCAUUACUCAGUCAUAUUCUUUGCGAUCUUUGCAAAAAUUGUUAUUAGCUUUUCGUGCGGCUGCUCAUAUUAAUGAUGGUGAAGAGAGACGUUAUUCGUAUAAAAUUAAUGAUCCAGCAGUAUUCAAUAAUCUUGUGGUUAUUUGCUUGAAAUAUACAACUGGGGUCUUCGAUCAUCAUUUAACUAAACAAAAUCAUAAUUUAACUAAAGAGAAACUUCCGUGUACGCAUCGAAAAUGGAAAACAUUGGAGCCCCUUGUAAAGUCCUUCUUGAGUAGUGUUCUGUAUAUGCUCAAACAAGUGACUGAAAAUGAUAUGAUUUACUUUAUUGUGAGAGAGUCAGAGAAGGCUGUCCCUUAUUACGCAUGUUUUCCUAAAUUAUCUAAACAUUACCUAAAACAACUACUUGAUAUCUGGGGAACAGCGCAAGAUAAAGCUCGAAUUGCUGCAUUUCUUAAUAUUCGCAAACUUGCAUCUGUUGCGCCACCACCUUUUAUUGACCUUUGCCUAAAGGGUAUUUAUACUACUUUUGUCCGAUAUUGCAAAGAAACUACCAUCUUUACGAUACCAUCCAUCAAUCUUAUGAGUAAUUGUGCAGUUGACAUAUAUGGAAUUAAUCUUAAAAGUUCAUAUCAAUCUGCAUUUAAUUAUAUUCGACAAUUGGCUAUUCAUCUAAGGAAUUCUAGUAAUAACAAGAGUGAAGAAACCUUUAAUGCUGUGUACAAUUGGCAAUAUAUACAUUGUAUUGAAUAUUGGUCAAAAGUGCUGGCUAAUUAUUGUGAUCAAACGCAAAGUUCUACCAAUAAUAAAGGUUCAUUACAGGAGUUAAUUUAUCCGUUAGUGCAAGUAUGCACUGGUGUAAUAAGAUUGAAUAUUACAGCACUAUACUUUCCGCUUCAUUUCCAUUGUAUUCGUAGUAUGAUUCAUCUUAUCAAAAAAACGGGAACUUUUAUCCCUCUUGCGCCAUAUCUUUUUGACAUUUUACAUUCAGCAGAAAUUCAUAGAAAACCAAAACUUGCAACCUUAAAACCUUUGGAUUUUUCAUCAAAUUUAAAAACACCAAAAGCUUAUUUACAUACAAAAGUAUAUCAGGAUGGUAUAUGCGAAGAACUUGUCGAACUAUUGUUCGAGUAUUACUCAUGUUACAGUUUGUCAAUAGCAUUUCCAGAAUUGAUAAUACCUGCCAUUAUUCAAAUGGAACAAAAUUCUAAAUUCAUAGAGCAAGAACGUUCACGAAUUGAUUUCAGUCCUAAUAAUCGAGCACAAGUUAAAGCAUUUUUAAAAAAUGUGGAUUCUGACUCAACACCACUGGGUGAAUAUGUAAAAGCAACCAGGAAACUUAAAGAACAACGCCAAAAACUGAUGGCCACA